AUGCGCCUGAAAGCUCAGUGCUGCAUGCGUAACAUUGGCAAGGUCGCUCUUCUCCAAGCGCUGUAUUUCUCGAUCAAAGACGAGGAAUCUGGCCUAAUGGUUAUCUUCAUUACGCAGGGCUCAACGCCUAGCAAUGGACCGGGGAAGGUUCGUUCUACGUUGACAGAAACAUGGAAAUCCGGCAGCUUCUACGACAAAAUCAAGGAGAAUGUAGUUCUCGGUCUGCAUAUGUUCGUGAUACUGGAUAUACAGCGACUUCGGAAAAUCAACGAAGCCCACGCUGUACACUAG